GCUCCUGCCAGGGGAACUCUGUGGAGAGGAAGAUCUACAUCCCCCUGAACAAGACUGCGCCAUGUGUGAGGCUGCUCAAUGCCCCCCCCCAAAUUGGCUGCCAGUCCUCCAUCAGUGGGGACACAGGGGUGAUCCACGUGGUGGAGAAGGAGGAGGACCUGCAGUGGGUGCUUGCUGAUGGCCCAGACCCACCCUACAUGAUCCUGCUGGAUGGGAAUCUCUUCAACAGGAGGGUGUUGCUGCAGCUGAAGGGAACCUCCAGGGUGUCAGGCCUUGCUGUGGCCAUGGCCAAGCCCAACCCUCCCCAGGGAUUCUCUCCUGGCCUGAAGUGUCCCAAUGAUGGCUUUGGUGUCUACUCCAAGGACUAUGGCCCUGAGUUCGCCCACUGCAACACCACAGUGUGGAACCCCAUGGGCACUGAGCUUUCCUACGAGGACUUUGACUUCCCUAUUUUCCUCCUGGAAGAUGCCAACGAGACCCAAGUUAUCAAGCAGUGCUACCUGGACCACAACGUCCCCCGGGAUGGCUCCAGGCCGGAGUACCCGCUGUGUGCCAUGCAGCUCUUCUCCCACAUGCACGCUGUCACCAGCACUGUCACCUGCAUGCGGCGCAGCUCCCUGCAGAGCACCUUCAGCAUCAACCCAGAGAUUGUGUGUGAUCCUCUCCUGGAUUACAACGUGUGGAGCACUUUGCAACCCAUCAACUCCUCAGGAAAGGUGGAGCCCGAGAAGGAAGUUAUCAUGGUUGCUACAAGAAUUGACAGCCACUCCUUCUUCUGGAACAUUGCCCCCGGGGCUGAGAGCGCUGUGUCCUCCUUCGUCACCCACCUGGCUGUGGCCGAAGCCCUUCACAAGGCCUCAGAUGUCCAUCUGCUGCACAGGAACAUCAUGUUCACCUUCUUCCAAGGGGAGACCUUUGAUUACAUUGGCAGCUCCAGGAUGGUGUAUGACAUGGAAAAGGACAAGUUUCCUCUGCGCUUGGACAACAUUCACUCCUUUGUGGAGCUGAAUCAGGUGGCUCUCAGGAAUGACUCUGUCCUGUGGAUGCACACGGACCCCGUGUCAAGGAUGAAUGAGUCUGUGGAUGUGCAGGUGCAGGAGCUGCUGUCCACCCUGAGCAGCAGCAGCACCGGAGCGAGCGUGACCCUGCAGGAGGCAGGAUUCUCCCAGCCUCUCCCUCCCUCCUCCUUCCAGCGCUUCCUUCGUGCCAGGCACAUCCCAGGAGUGGUCCUGGCUGACCACAGAACAGCCUUCCAGAACAGGUACUACCAGAGCAUGUAUGACACUCCAGAGAACAUUGGGAUGCAAUAUCCCGAGGGGCUGAGCCCAGAGGAGACCUUGGAGUAUGUCACAGACACAGCCAAGGCCCUGGCAGAGCUGGGCACGGUGGUGGCACGGGCACUGUACCGCCUGGCCGGGGGAGCCAGCAGCGUCGAUGCCAUCCAGGCAGACCCCAGAACGGUCACCAGAAUGCUCUACGGGUUCCUGAUUAAAAUGAACAAUUCCUGGUUCCAAUCCAUCAUUAAACCAGACCUGAAAGGAAUUCUGGGUGAUGAUGUUCCCCAGCACUACGUGGCUGUGUCCAGCCCUGUGAACACAACCUACCUGGUGCAGUAUGUCCUGGCCAACCUCACUGGCACCGUGGUGAACCUCACCAAGGAGGAGUGUCAGAACCCUGAGAAGACACCCAACAGUGAGAAGGAGCUCUACGACUAUGCCUGGGUACAAGGCUCCCUGGGGCCCAACUCCACGGCCAGGACACCUUUCUGCGUGCGCUCCACGGUGCACCUGAGCAAGGCCCUGUCUCCUGCCUUCGAGCUGCGCCAGUGGAGCUCCACCGAGUACUCCACCUGGACCGAGAGCCGCUGGAAGGACAUCCGCGCGCGCAUCUUCCUCGUGGCCAGCAGGGAGCUCGAGAUGAUCACCUUGGUGGUUGGCAUCGUCAUCCUCAUCCUGUCCCUCCUUGCCACCUACUUCAUCAAUGCCAAAGCUGAUGUGCUGUUCAGCCUCCCACGGGACCCCGCGGCCGUGUCCUACUGA